AUGACAUUUUCCAAUUUAGAGCUUGAUGAAUGCAUAGAAAGACUUUAUAGACGUGAAUUACUCCCAGAGGUUACAAUUAGAGCGCUAUGCUUUAAGUUGAAAGAGAUACUAGUCAAAGAAAGUAAUGUGGUGUACAUAAACUCUCCUGUUACGGUAGUGGGUGAUAUUCACGGACAAUUUUAUGAUUUGAUUGAAAUAUUCAAAAUAGGGGGUUAUUGCCCAGAUACAAACUAUUUAUUUCUUGGAGAUUAUGUGGAUAGAGGAAUGUUUAGCGUUGAGACCAUAACCUUGCUGAUAUGUUUGAAAAUAAGGUAUCCUACAAGAGUUUAUCUAGUUAGAGGUAAUCAUGAAUCAAGACAAAUCACACAAAACUAUGGAUUUUACUCGGAAUGUAUAAGGAAGUAUGGUAAUCCAAAUCCAUGGUAUUAUUUCACUGAUACAUUUGAUUAUUUGAUUUUAUCAGUCGUGAUUGAUGAUACCAUUUUCUGCACACAUGGUGGUUUAUCGCCAAAUGUCCAUACAAUAGAUCAAAUUAAACUUGUUGAUAGAUUUAGAGAAAUACCACAUGAAGGUGCAAUGGCUGAUUUAGUCUGGUCAGAUCCUGAUGAUGAGAAUCCUAAUUUUUCAUUAUCACCAAGAGGGGCAGGCUAUACAUUUGGUGUUGAUGUUGUGAAAAAGUUUUUGAAGAUGAAUGAUAUGGAAAAGAUUCUUAGAGCACAUCAACUUUGUAACGAUGGGUACCAAAUAUAUUUCAAAGGGCUUGUAACUACGGUAUGGUCAGCUCCAAAUUAUUGUUAUAGGUGUGGUAAUAAGGCUUCAAUAAUGGAAAUAUAUAACAAGGAUGAACAUUAUUUCAAUGUAUUUGAGGAAGCACCAGAAAACAGUGAACAAUGGGGAAAGAUAGACCCACUAACAGAAACAGAGAUUGAAAGGCCACAAUCGGAUAUUAGACCGCAGCCAGUUGAAUAUUUUUUAUAA